UAUUGCUUAGGCUUGAGUUAUUGAGACUAGGUACCGAUAAUCUGAAUGAACGAUGAUACAUCCCUGGUAGAUAAAGCAGAAGACUCGGAAGAUAUGAGGGGCCCGUCACUCCGCCAUCCCCAAGGGCCAUGAGCCUUCAAAACCCACGUGGCCAUAUAUGGGACUUGCCAUCAGUUUCAGCUCAUCCAACUUGUCAUUCCUGUCUCGCCUUUUCUCACCGUGACACAUUCCACAUUAUCGUUCGCCAUGACGCCUUCCGCAUAUUUAACCAAUUAUCCGGAGCCACCAACGGACGCAGCUGUUGCUGAUGCUCGCAGAGAGCUCCAAGUCCAGCAAGAGCAGCUCUUAGCGCUCUCGGACAAGAUUGCAUCCGCGGAAGACGCCCUGGCUCAAAUUGUUGUCGAGAGGAAGCGCGCUAUACGUGACCUACGACGCGAAAAGCUGGCAUUGGAAGAGAAGGUGACAUAUACCAAGGCAUACAUCUCUCCUAUACGCCGGUUGCCACAUGAACUACUCCGCCAUAUCUUCCUCUUCAAGUUCGACGAUCAUCCUUGCUGUGCUUGGGUGCUCGCAUCUGUCUGCACGCUAUGGCGAAGACUCACGCUCUCGAUGCCAAGACUGUGGUCUAAGAUAAGACUUGUAACAAAUCAAAGCGCAACUGCAGACACCAUACGGCUUUGGCUGGAACGCUCUGGAGACAAGGUGCCGCUCGAUAUAGAAAUUUACUUGCGAGUAAACGGCGUGUCAAACGAGGGUUCAUCGACCCGUACCCGACCUGCCUCACCCACGCCGUGGCUGCACCCGCCCAGUCCACCACCUCAUUAUGUGAUUCCUCACCCUCCUGGGACACCAAUGCUCCUACCUCCUGCCCACACUCCUAUCAUUGUCCCGCAGUCACCCUCGCACCACGACUCAUGGGGGUCACCCCCUCCGCCUUCUUCAAGAAAUACCCCGCAAGCCCAACGGAAUGCUCACUGGGGCCAUAUCGCAAUAUUCUACCUUAUCGAGCAAAUGCAUCGGUGGCAACGGUUUGUCUUCAGGUUCGACAGACAAUUUCCAUCUAUGUCUGCACUGAAAUCAAUAGCUGGUGAUGCUCCCAUACUUAGAGAAUUUGAAAUCUCUUGUGCCGAAACUAUUUAUGCAAGUGAAUGGCCAUGGAUACCGAGUUCAAGUCCAGCGACUAGUAUGUCCCUUGGGAAACUAGAGUCCCUGAUGUUACACCACGUCCCAUUCAAAUGGUCAUCACCGAUAUUCAAAACUAAUCUGCGGUCCCUCAAUCUCCGUUCACUCCCAUCGAAUCAUCUACCCUUGGAUCGCAUUAUGCACAUCAUCGCCAGUAACCCAGAACUUGAAUCACUCACCUUACAUUUUGCUGUUGCUUUGCCAGCUAUUCUUCCCCUUGUCCAGACCUCAUUAUCUCGGCUUCGUGAACUCACCUUUGGCGGUCACUAUCACAUGUCACAGCUAGCAGACUCCCUUGUACUUCCCUCCCUUGAGAUACUCAACCUUGACGUAGAAGCUCGUGACCCGAUAGAAGACACCAUUACCAAUCUUCUACAACGCUCGAAUAAUCCACCGAUUACUCGCCUCUCUGUCUCGUACGGCAGCACCUCGAGCUCGACGCUAUAUUAUGGCCCUGGUGGAGUUGUCAUCUCAUGGGGUUUUUUAACGGACCUAAAUCAUCUGCAAUCAUUGAGCAUAGGCGGGACGCCACUCGAGCCAUUUUUGUCGGCGCUCGGAAUGCCCGACGAAGAACAGACCCAUUGGGCAUGUCCGAAUUUGACAACGGUGGCCAUGAAAAGUUGUCAUGCGCAUUCUGACGGGAUUGCGAAGCUGGUACAGCUUGUGGAGGCUCGCAAUCCAGAGUCGGGAUCUGCGACGAUGGUGAAUGGAGUUAUCCCAACGAGACUGCAGCACCUGGAGUUGUAUGAUUGUGCAACACUGGGACAGGAUGUAAUAGAAUGGCUGAAGAGGAGGGUAGACGAAGUUGUUUGUACUGAGCCUUCUUCGUAUGUAAGGUCUCCCUGAGGGUGUGAUUCGAACUGGUGUUGAUACUAUCUAUUAUACAGGACUCGCGGCUCUAGCUGUUGUGGGCUAGUGGCAUAUUUUUGAUUGUUGUACAUACAGUGUUGUAAUUCAGCGUAAACUUAUUUUGGUUUUCACCUCGUCUUUUCGUAAUCAUGAUGUACUAGAAUAUUUAUCGCCGCUGCGGCAGUAGCCGCACUGCACUUGG